AUGCCUUCCAAGGCACCCUCGAAGGCACCCGCGACCCCCCAGGGGUCCACCCCCAAAACCGCGAAGGUCGUCCGCUCCGCCGUGAGCAAGUCGACGCCCAUCAAGGCCUCGACGGACGCCGGUCCCUCUGACCGGGACAUUGCGUUCCUGCUGAACUGCAUCAAGUUCAGCCACAACGACGUGGACUACAAGAGGGUGGCCGAUGCCCUCGACAUGAAUGUCCCGGCUGUCCGCAUGCGCUACAGCCGGAUCCGCGCCAAGAUGGAUGGCCAGGACGCCGGGAGCACUGGCGGCAAGGCCGCUAACUCAGGCAGCAUGGGCGCAAAGGGGGCCAGCAAGUAG